AUUAUCGAAAAAUAUAAUAAAAUUAUACUUGAUGAAUUAAUGCAAGAUCGUGAUAUAUUAAAAGAGUUAUGGUCGGCCAAUUAUUUGUGGGGACUCUACUCAACAGUAUUUUAAAAUUUAAAGACAUUUUCAUCAUCUCAUGUAACAAAGUCCAUUGCAGGUUUGAGUUCCAUCUAUCCUUUGAUUUCUCUUGUGUGUGAACUCCAUGUUCUGUCUUCAAUCUGCCGACAUUUGAAUCCAAAUUGAGUGUUCAAUUGGGAUUCCGAGUUCUGCAAAUGUGAACCAUUUUAUUCGAUGUGGGAUGCAAAAAAACAAAAAAGCUAGAAACAAGAUCCAUGUCAAGUCAGGGUUUGAGUUUGACAUGUUAUAUUUAAGUGGGUUAAAUUUAAGUGGGUUAAAGUUGAUUUGGUCUUCCCGCUGAAACUUAUUUAUGCCCAUCUAUCUUUCUGGCAUACAUGUAGAGCUAUAGGGACUAGUAGAGUGCAGCUUCUAUGAAGGAGCAUCCCAACAUCUUCAGACUAGUUCAAAAAUAACUUGGAAUUUUAGAACUUUCGAAGAGCGCCGAAAAGAUUUUAAGCGUGUUGUCAUCGUUGCCCUUAUUGACCCUUUUUAUCUCUUUCCUCUUCUGCUCGUUAAAUUCGAGGUCGUCGUUUUCCUCUAUGGAGUAGUUUUGGGUUUGUGAUCUCUUGAUUAUCAAAAAUCAUGUCUUGUUUGACAGCCAGAACAGGGCGGCAGAGACAGCGGUACGAGGAUCAAUUGAGGCUUGUUUCAGGAUGUAUACCUUAUAGGUUUGAAGAGACGGUAGGGAGUAGCAAUUGCAAUGUAGAGAAAAAUUUGCUUGUUCUCAUGAUUUCUUCACCAGAUCGAGAUGAUCUUGUCUUUCCAAAGGGAGGAUGGGAGAAUGACGAAACCAUGCAUGAAGCUGCUUGUCGUGAGGCCUUAGAAGAAGCAGGAGUGAAGGGAGUUCUUGGUGAAACUCCACUAGGACAAUGGGAGUUCAGAAGCAAGAGCAAACAGAACAAUGGCAGCCUGCAAGGUGGUUGUAGAGGUUACAUGUUUGCACUAAGGGUUACUGAAGAGCUCGACUCCUGGCCCGAGCAGGCCAUCUACGGAAGGAAAUGGGUUACCGUAGAAGACGCAUUCAAAUUCUGUCGGUAUGACUGGAUGCGAGAAGCUCUUAGAAAGCUUUUGAUAGCACUCUCAGAUAACACGGAAAAUGGCCCGAGAGAAGAACUGGAUGGACUUCCUUUGAGGCCAGUUAUCUCAGAAGUCGGAUCAGAGCAUCAAAUAUCAUCACCAUCCGGUUGCUUUGCUAGUCAUUCUAGUGUUCAGCAGCUCGCAGCUUGAGAAUUCAUGUCGCAAACGCAUUGUACACAGGGUUAAUGAAUCAUGUCUAAAUCAAGUCAAAACCCUUGUACUGCAAGUUCCAAUUGUAGCAAAUCCUAGACAUUCGUUGUUGUAUUUCUUUUAUAAUUCUGUUUAACCUGUAAAUAAAUCGAGAUUAAUAGGAGGAACAGUUGGUUUCUCUUGUAGA